AGGGUAAUUCGAAGAUUAAACGUCAAGGGGCAGUUGCAGAGACCCCUCAUCCAUUAUCUUUUCAUAAAACACACCCACUCCUUUGUCCAUUCCCUUUCCAUAAAACACACCCACUCGACAAGGAGAAGCCUAAUUUUACUCCCUUUUCAUAGUUCCUAUUAAACCCAUUUGUUGAUCUUUGUGCGUUCUUCUUCUACCAAAAAAACAGAGAGAACGCAUAUCCUUCUUUUCUCUUUGCUUUUGUCCAUACCAAAAAAAAAAGAAAAAAAACCUAGUUUCUACCCAAGAAGAACAGAGACAAAAACCCAUUUAGAUUUAACCCAUAUAAUCUUUUCCCUUUUCUUUUAUCCAAACAAAAAGAAGAGGAAAAAGUCAUUUUUGCAGAAACCAGUUCUUCUACAAGGAAAAAAGAGAAAACCCCUUUCAUUUAGAGCCCAUAUCCUCUUUUCUCUUUGCUUUGACCCAAACGAAGAGAACAGAACAAGCUUUUUCUCAUUAUCCAUCAAACCCAUUUUCAUCAUUCUUCAAAAACCAGCAUUACGGGCCAAGAUCUACAAAAAAAAGAAGAAAGAAACCCUGUUCCUAUAACAUUUCAGAUACCUUCAAUUUCGUUUGAAGUUCUCUGAGAAAAACCCUUUUGUUCUGACUCAAGAAAACCCUAUACACCUCUAGAUCUCCAGAAACCCCAAUUUCUUCCGAAAAAACUGCACUCAAUUCAAAUCCCCUUGAAUAACCUCUAGGUGUGAAGAUGUGUUGUACAGGGAAAUUAUGCAGGAUCUGCACUUGCCUGAUUCUUCUGAUUAUACUGAUUGGUCUUCUUUUUGGAUUUGGAGUCUUCAAGCAUGGCUUCCACAAGCUUAAGGAGUGUCUCCAUGACUGCAAUGGAAAAGCACAGAUGAGUUAUUAUCCACCACCAGGAAGGCCUUUCAUGUAUAAUGCACCAGUUCCUCAGUAGUUUCAGGCUUUCUAUGGCCUUUUUGUUUAAUGGGUUUUCUUCUUUUUCUUUAAUGGGUUUUCUUGUAAUCACAGUGUUCAGUUUUUCGGGGAGUGGUUAUGCUUUUAUGGUUUUAUUGGGAGUUCUGUUUGGUUUCGUUUGAUUUGAUGGUAUGGUACUUUCUUCGAGAAUCUGAGAGUUAUGAAGGAGGUUUUUGUUGCAGUGAUUUGAUUUUGUGAGUAUGGGGAGAGAGUAUAUUUUUUCAGUAUUAACAAGAAUAAUAAUGGAUUAUUACUUAUGGUUUGGCAUUUUAUCUGUUAUUUUUGUUAUUCAUUAUUUUGGUUUAUGAAUAUGCAUUUUUGUUAUUCAUUGUUUUGGUUUAUGAUUAUGCAUUGAAAUCAUAGUGCAUAUGAGAAUUGUGGGAGGGGGAUUUGUGGAAUAAUCUCCUGGGGAAGGAGGAAAGUGCUGUAACUUUUCAGGAUUAAGCAAAGGAAUGGGUGAAUUAUUAAUUUC